UUCAGUUGCUGUGAGCCCAGGGGAAAAAAUUAUGACAAUCUUAAAAAAAAAUUCCUUUAAUUUGGAGGAUUUGAAAAAGAGCUCAGACAUUCUACCUCCAGAGGAUGAUGACAGUUGGCUGGAGAUUUCUCCAGAUGCUCUCGAUCAGAUUCUUAAGGAGACAUCUGGCACAAAUAAAUCUGCUUCUGCCUCAGAGGAAAAGCAGAACUAUGACUUGACUGAGGUUGCUGAAAGCAUGAAGGCUUUUAUAUCCAAAGUCUCAACAUACAAAGGAGCAGAAACACCAUGGUCUUCUGCUGAGGGACCUGUCAGUUUUGAUGUUGACUCAUUCACAGAGGCUUUGGAUAAAAUCCUGG